UACAUACAGCAUCUUUGUUUACAUAUUUUUCGAUCUUACACGUGCGUGUUUUUCUAAGAUGAGAGAUCGUUCACAGUUGAAGAGAAAAGCGCCAACAGGAAAGACAAAAUUGCCGCCAGUAUCCGACUUUGAGCCUGUACACUUCGUCCGAUGCCACUCAGCAGACAAUGACCCCAAUAACAACCAAGCCAAGGUGUGGCGGUGUGCGUUUGAACCCGUCAAGGGGAAGCCAGAUGAGAGCGGUCACAUUCUUGCAACCUGCGGCAGCAACAUCGUGUGUUUCAUUGACUGUGCGACAGGGAGGGUCCUCCGCAGAUACAAGGACACAAACCAGACUGAGACUUUCUACACACUAGCAUGGACGACGGUACCUUCCCAAAUAGAUGCACGGGAGACGGUCAACAUCCUGGCAGUGGCAGGGGAGGGUGCCACCAUCAAGCUGCUGCACCCCCGCCAGCUCGUCAUGUUCGGCAGUCUGCAGGGGCACAAGAAGUACAUCAGUUGUCUCCUCUUCCAUCCCAGAAUCCAUCACUACCUCUUCAGUGGCAGCAAUGACGGCUUCAUCAUGAUGUGGGACAUCGGGACCCCUGACCUCUCACAGCACAGGACGGACUUCAAACCUCUACUGAAGAUCAGCGUCCCGGGGUCUGAGGCGCUCAACCUGGAAUACAGUCUGUCAUCACACACACUGCUGGCAGCGUGCGAAGACGGCUGUUUCGGAUGGAACAUGGAGUCAGAGUUGAAGGAUGUUCACAACCGCAGAACAGCCAAAGUGAUCAUGUCGUCGACCUAUAAGUUUGACCUUCAGGGCAAGUCUGACACUGUUGAUGGCCUUGCUCUGCUGCCUGGGGAUGUCGUAGCUACCAAGUGUGUUCGAUCUGGGGCAGUGCUGUUGUGGAAUCUGCUGGACCAUGUGAGGUCAAAGGUCAAGAGGUCAGGGGGCAUCAAGGUUGAACCUCUGGCAGAGCUAGAAUACACACACACAGAUGUGGAGUAUCUCAACAUGGGAUACGGUGGCGGUCUGCUGGGAGUUGGGGAUGACCUAGGAAAUGUCUACAUCUACAAUGUUGCCACUCUGGCCCGGAAGAAAGCGUCUCCUUCUGAUGACAUUCUGUGCCCUUCUACGGUGAUUGAAUGGCCUGAGUUAAUGGCCGACUCCCGGACUGGGAUCGAUGAAGAGUUGCUUCACAACAAGAAGCAAAUCGUCGUGAAUGGUGUAUCCGUCAGCUCCAGCUCCGACUACAUUGCAUUUGGAACAGACAACAACCUAGUGUGUAUACUGAAGAACACACAACGAUGAACACCAAAGGGAAGUAACUCUCACUCGAUGAACACCAAGGGAAAGUAACUCUCACACAACGAUGAACAAGCUCCUUCCUAGCGCAUGACACCUUUGUUACACUCUUGAUCUUGAAAUUUGCCCUCUAACCCCAAAUAUAGUAAUGUUUAUACUUUUGUUUAUGUCUUUGGGAAUGCAAUCAUAUUUCAUUUUGAAAAGGUUUACAACUGACCAUGUUUUCCAGAUG